UGAUUUUUGUAUGAAAUGGAUUCAAAUAAAUUGAAAUUAUUCGAUGAAAAUGAUGAUGAUGAACAAGAUGAUAUUGAAGAAGAAUUGAAUUUUGAACAAAAAUUUUUCAAUGAUAAACCAUUAUCGGAACGAAAAACAUCAAAAUUGAUACAAUUAAAAUCACGUUUAGCACAUGAUUCUCGUUUUCAAAUUGAUCAACGUUUCAUUGAAGAUGAUAAUGAUAAUGAUGAUAAUGAAAUUCAACCGACCGAAAUCAAAUCCGAAAUUGAAGUGGAAAAAGAAAAAAAUUUAAACAUUUUAGAAAAAGUUAUUGGUAAAAAUUUAAAUCAACCAUGGAAAUCUCGUUCAAAUUUAAAAUCAACAACAACAACAUUAUUUGUUCCAAGAUUUGAUCCGACCAAAGAAGAAUGUAGUAAAUUUGAAACUGAAACAAAUUUGAAAAAACGAAAAUUACCCGCAAUAGAUUUGGAUGAAAUUGAUAGAAAAAUUGCGAUUCAAAAACAAAUUGAAACGAAUAAUUCGGAAAAAUCAAAAUCAAAUACAACAUCAACGAUCGACAAUGAUUGUUAUUAUGAAGUUGGACAAAAUCUUAAGAAUUUAUUCGGUGGUCAAACAGAAGAUUUUACACUUGGAUCAUCAAUUUUUGAACAAAAUGAUGGCGAUAAAAUCGCUGAUCAAAUUGAAUAUGAAGAAAAACCAAUCAAAGUUACGAAAUUGAAAUUUUUAGACAAGAAUCGUUAUGAUGAUUCCAGUGAUGAUGAUUAUGAUGGUAAAAUUCAGAUAAAAAUUCCCGAAUCAAAUUCAUUGAAAAAUCUUGAUCAUAGCAAAAAACAAUUUAAACCAAGCAAUUUUGGUGGAUUCUUCUUCAAAGCCAAUGAUCCUCGGCUACAUAACACGAAUAAUGAUGAUAAUGAAGAGGAACGAUUUUUUUCACCCGAAUUAAUACAACGUGUUCAACAAACAGCUAAAACAAGAGAAUUAAAUAUGAUAAAAGCAUUAAGUAUGCGUAAAAAAUCUUCGUUAAAAAAUAAAAGAACAGCUGAAAAAUAUGAUAAUAAACAAAAACAACAUAAACGAUUUAUUUUACAACAAAAACGACGAAAAUCAAAAGGAUUUAAACGAUUUAAAGCUACUAGAAUCACUGGAACAGUAAAAUGGUUUAAUGUAAAAAAUGGUUAUGGUUUUAUAUCACGUAAUGAUAAAGAAGGUGAAGAUGUUUUUGUACAUCAAUCGGCAAUUAAACGAAAUAAUCCUGGGAAAGCUGUUCGUAGUGUUGGUGAUGGUGAAGUUGUUGAAUUUGAUAUUGUUGAAGGGGAAAAAGGAAAUGAAGCAGCCAAUGUAACCGGACCGAAUGGUACACCGGUAAAAGGUUCACCGUUUGCAGCUGAUCGAAAAUUUUCACCACGUGGUCGUGGAAAUUUCCGACGUGGUGGUGGUGGCUUUCGUCGUGGACCACCACGUGAUGGACAAUUUAGUGAUGGUGGUGGUGGUGGAAGAUCUUAUCGUGGUGGUCGAGGACGUCCAUUCUUUCGUCGACGUUUCUUUCGUGGAGGUUUCAACAAUCAACAACAACAACAGCAACAAAUAAACGAUGGACAACAAGAAGGUGGAAAUUUUGAACAAAAUCAAAAUUCUGGAUUUGAAUCAAGACGUGGUGGUGGUGGUGGUCGACCACGCCGAUACAUUCAACGUUUUUUCCGUCGUAGACCACGCCGUCCAAGGAUGGAUCAAGGCGGCGAUAGUGCCGGUGAAGAAAACAAAAAUGAUGUUCAACAAAAUCAAGAAGGCCAAUUGGAUGAUGAUCAACAAGAACAAAACAAUCAACAACAAUCUGGCGGAUUUCGACGUGGUAAUGUACGUCGAUUUGGUGGUGGUGGUGGUUUUCAAGGUCGUCGACGUGGUGGAUUCCGUGGCCGCGGUGGACGUGGACGUGGUGGAAAAUUUGGUCAACGAAAUGGAAGUGGAAACUGGGGAGAUCAACAACAAUCGGGCAAUGAUGAUAAUCAAGAUAAUGGCGAUAAUGUUGGUGCCAAUAAUUCUGGUAACGGAAGUGAUGGUGCUGCUGGUGAAACAUCCAAUUAAACGAUUCAAAAAUGAUGUGAAGAAAAAAAGCCCAUUUCACUCACUCACACACACACAUAAAUAUCACCAUCAUUUAUUCAAGAAUGAAUUUUUAAAAAAAUUAAUUCGAUUUUAAACAAAUAACA